AAGGGAGCUUAUGAACGUAGCUCCACGUUGGAGCGACAGAGAGCUGAGGGUGGCGGUAACGCACCUUUAACCACCGUCAACACGACAAAGAAGAAGAACACAGAGCGCGGAGUGCGCCGGGUCUUAGAUCACUCCAGAAUGGCAACGUGUAACAGGUUUGGACAAAUAGGCGGGCUGUAAUCGGCAGGGAAACUCUGGCUUGACCCAUCCUCUGGUGUGGAUCCACCAUGGGGGCGAGGUGGUCCCGCAGCGACAGCAGCCUGUCGCUCCUCCCGGACAGGAAGAACAGUGGUCGGACAGAAGAGCGCAAAGACUCCGAUAACGACUCUUUGGAUGGGAUCAGCAGACAGGAGGAUAUAGCACAGUUUCCAUAUGUGGAGUUCACCGGCAGGGACAGCAUAACGUGUCCAACAUGUCAGGGCACGGGACGAAUAUCAUAUCAAGUGAAUGAACUGGUUGCACUGAUCCCAUACAGCGACCAAAGGCUGCAGCCCCAAAGAACGAAGCUGUACGUGGUCCUGUCCAUCGUGUUGUGUCUCCUGGCGUCCUCGCUCGGGGCCUUCUUCCUCUUCCCUCGCUCCGUGGUGGUCGUAGAUGACGGGAUACACUCGGUCACUGUACAGUUCGACACCUCCAAUCAGAGGGUGUUAAUGAACAUGACGAGCACUCUGAACCUCAGCAACCCAAACUUCUUCUCGGUGUGGGUGGACAGUGUGAGCUGUCGGGUGUUUUACAUGAAGACGGUGAUCGGGACUCAGCAGCUACACAACGUCACCACGCUCCUGCCGCUCAGUGACAUUCAGAUGAACUACACAGUCACUGUGGAGAUCGGCACCAGCGCACCGUAUGUCUAUGCCUUCUGCACCAUGCCCAGCAUUAAGGUCCACAACAUCGUGGUGCUCAUGCAAACCACUGUGACGACCGCCAACAUGGUGCACACCACCAUGAACAGCCUGGAGGCGUAUCGCUACAUCGACUGCGGCUCAAACACCACAGACGUCCAGCAGCACCACACCUCCACCCUCUCACCUGCCUUAACCGCCAGCACCUCCGGCACCCCUCUGCCGUGAGCCCUGCAGGGAGGCGGGUCACUCCUCGGACGGAGGCUGGAGAGAUGAUGGUGCACACUCCAGGAUGGAUUUGCUCUCCACCAGCAGCAGAAAUAUGAAAGGUGCUUUUCCUUUUUAGCUCAGGCAGAACACGGAUGAGGAAACAGACGAGUGGUUUGUUUUGGUUGCUGUUAGACAUUUCCUUCCACAGAGCAUCAGAUGUUGUUUUUUACUCGUGUUAGCUCGGCUCAUGAUCGCCUGAAUGUUUGCUGUUUCAGACAGAAUGAGUUACAUGUUCUAGCGGUAAAACCAGAGAAGAAGAAGAUUGAAUGAGUCAUUGCCAGCGAGCACUGUGGCCUUGUUUAGUAGGCAGUAAUGUCAGAAAGGAGCUUUUCUUCACGGAGAACAGGCGACAGUCUCAGCUGACGCGGACAGCAUUUUUGUCAUCCCUUUAAAAACACUGCAGAGCUCUGUCUGCGCCUCCUCCUCCUGCUGCUGCUGCUGCUGCUGAUGAUGCUGCUGCAACAUCAGGAAAAAAUUCUUCUGCAAAGCUUGAAUGACCUUUGUAUUAUAACACUGUGUUUACUAGAGGCUGCUGAAUGGAGAAGGAGCCGACCUGCUGGUUCUGUUUUGGAAUGAAUGCAGGGAUUAUUUAGUAUUUGCACCUUGAAACUGGGACAUUUUGUUACACAUUAAUUUGCUACCUGCUCCUUGAGUUGGAAACUGCAUUGAACAAGUUAGAUGUUUUUGAACGAUGAAUGGAUAAGGUAAUUCCUGAAACCUUUCAUGACAGCGACUAUAAGCAUAUUAGAUUCAGAGUUCAGGUUCAUACAAGAGAGAGAGAUACUGUGCUCAAACUUUCUUUUGCAUCCCACCACACUUAUACAUCCCGCAUCUCCCUCUCUCGUAUGUUUCCUCCUGCAGCUCCAAUCAUCACCUCUGACUUUACAUGACCAAGUGUUCCUCAAGGACUUCUCUUAAAGCCUCUGUUCUUUCUAGAUCUCUCUCAUAAGUUUGACUUCAUGGCUCUCACAAAUGGACUGAAGAAUUGUGAUUAUUUUUUAAAGGGAUAGUUUGUAAAUUUCUGUAUGAACAAUUUUACUAGUGUUUUUAAAAGUUCUUAAUAGAUGUGAAAAUGAGUUGUGAAUAAUAAAAGUAAUAAAAACAAACA